AUGUCAACUGCGACAUUUUUACAUAUGCCAGUAACAUAUCCAUCAGUGAUAUCAGUUCCAACAGUUUCAGUCAAUCAUCAUAUCGUGAAGCAGGAAAAAUGUAAGUCAUUUAUUUUGAAAUUUUUGAAAUAUUUUGAACUUUUUAUAGGUGUAAUUGGAGAAUGUUUGAUUUGUGGAGAACCAUCGACUGGUAAACAUUAUGGAAUUGUUGCGUGUCUUGGUUGUAAAACUUUUUUUCGAAGGUUCGUUUGAUUUUGGGUGGGAUGUUAAAUCCAGAAUUUUUUUUUCUAAAACUUCAAAAUUUUGUGCUCAAUAAAAACUUCCGAAUUAAAUAAAAAAUCAGUCAGGACAUUUAGAGAAAUUUAAAGUUUUUUGACUUAUGAAUUUCCGAUUUGCUCAAAACAUCAAUGUUUUCUACAGAGCUGUGGUUCAACGACAAGAUACAGCAUGUAAACGAGAAAAGGAAUGCGACACAUCAACGAUGGCUCGAAAAGCAUGUCGAGCUUGUAGAUAUCGAAAAUGUCUAGAAUGUGGAAUGAGCAAAGAUGCAUUACAACCACGAAGAGAUCUAAUUGGAUGUCGACGGAUUCGAUCAAGACCAAGUUAUUCAUCCUCAUCAAUUAUCUCAACUCCAACUCCACCAAAACCAAAUUUCAUGGACAAAGAGAUGAAUCUUCAACUCAUUGAAAGAUUGACUGAAAUUGAUGAGCGACUUAGGAAAAGAAAAUUGCAAUUGGUAAAAUCGAGACAAGAAGCUGUGAAUUUGGCGAGAAUUAUUAAACGGGGAACAACGAUUCCGGAAGAUGAUAUGGUUUUUGGACCGACAACUUCGAAAAUGCCAACUAUGAAUUCAGCUGGAUUUGUGAGUUUUUUCGUCGGGUUUGGUAGAAAAAUUUUUUGUAGAAAACUAGUUUUGAUUUUUCCAGCCAUAUGUAAAUGUGUAUAACAACAAAAUGCUGGUGAUGCUCGGCACUGAUAUCUCAAUUGCCACACAAUCUGAACUUCUAAUGAUGUUGGAAUGGACAAGAACUUUGCCCGUUUUUCAAAAUCUUCCCGUUGCUGAUAAAUCAACGAUUCUCAAGGUAUACUUUACAACUAAUUGUGAAACAUUAUGUUUUUGCAGCGAUUCGCGGUUCAUUGUCUGAUUCUGGAACAUGGUUAUUACACAGCAUCAUCGGAUUAUGAAGAUGUUUGGUUGAUUUCGAAUGGAACUUGUAUGCCAAGAAAUUUUGGGACAACGCCGGAAAAGGAGGGAAGGGUAAGAGAUUUGAGGGAUCUUUGGUAGCUAACUUGGGUGUCCCUCAGAAAUUUGAAAUGUUUUUUCAACUUACAGAAACAAAUUUGUGAUUUUAUAAAACUAGACAGAAAUAUAACAUGUGUUACAAAAGUUCAAAAAAGUUUUACCAAAAAGUUUCCAGAUCUCUGUAACCGCUGAUCGUCUCUGGCGUCAGGAAAAACUCUACAAACAAAUGACAGAUAGUUGCAUCGACGAAGUCGCAAUCCCACUUCGAAAUCUCAAAUUAUCACCCCAAGAACUUGUUGCAAUCAAAAUCAUUGUUUUAUUCAACUGUGGUUGCUCAUCUGAAUAUUCGGAUAUCAGUGAACCAUCGCGUAGAAGUGUUUUAGCUUUUCGAAAUCGUGUCAUUUCGGCGCUUUUCGCCUAUUAUGAACAAAUUGGUUUACCAAAUUAUGCAGGUUAUUUUUUCCAUUAUCAAAAAAAAAUUUAAAUGUUCGAAUUUUUGCAGAGCGAUUUGGUAAUGUGAUUUUAAUACUCUCUGGAGUAUCUUCAGCUGCAUCUGCAAUGCUCGAAUCAUAUCAAGUUAUGCGCCUUUUCAAAAUUACACCAUUUGAUCAACUUUCCCAGGAAUUGUUAUUUAAUAUCUAG